UUUGAAGCUUCUUUUACAAAAUACAAAAAGGGGGAAAACAGGAGACACUUCUCACGCAAUAGGUAUAGAUUUCUACCGGAAUAUUCUUUUCAAUUAUUAAAUUAAUAUUAUAUGAGUGUGUGAAUUGUUGAAAUUAAUUCGAAAAACAGAAAAAACCCCUCUUUGAAGUUUGAACACUCUGUAUUUCUUUAAAUUUCGGUUCUUUAGAACCUUCCUCUCCCCUUUUUGUGAAUUAUAAUCAAAUUGAAUCGAAAUUAUAUUUUAUUAAUUGUUCUUGGUUUGAUUAUUGUGUGUUAGUUGGAAAAAAAUUGAAAUUUUCUUUAAUCAACAUCUUCGCCUUAUUAAAGUCAAAACAUGAAAGCGACACAGAAAGAGAUCCAUGGUUUGAUUCUUCGGUCAAACCUUUCGAGCUCUAAGAAUAAAUCAAAUUAUACAACCACCUUCUUCCUUACAUUUUCCUUUUCUUGUUCUUCAAUCAUGCCAAAUAUAUAUAGACUUUGGAUUUAGCUCCCAUUAUUGAAAAAGAAAACCCUUUAUUCAUUUGUUCUUUCUCUUUGUUUUCGUGACACAAACAAUUUAUAGAUUGUCAAGUAACUUUCACGAAUUUGUAGUACACUUUGAUAAGUUCUUGAUUAGGUUAUUUAAUUACUGGGGUUUUGAGCUUUUCUGCUUGAACCCAUUAAUUAAUUCCACUUGGGAGGUGAGUAAACCACCAAUUCUUGUUGUUUUUUGAGGGAUUCCUCAUCUGGGUAUCUGUAAAAACAAGGUUUCUUGAAAGAGAACUCUGGAGUUUUUUUUUUUCUUCUUCUUCAUAUCAUAGAACAUAAGUAGAAAAAAAAUGGGGACAGGAAGGAAAAGGAGGUUACAUUUUAGCAAGAUCUACUCCUUCAAGUGUGGAAGAAACAGAUUCGACGAUGAUCAUUCACAAAUUGGGGGUCCUGGGUUUUCGAGAGUGGUUUAUUGCAAUGAAACUGGUGUUUCAGAAGCUGCAACUCAAACUUAUGUAGAUAAUUAUGUGAGAUCAACCAAAUAUACGCCAAUGACUUUUAUACCAAAAUCACUGUUUGAACAGUUUAGAAGAGUCGCAAAUUUCUACUUUCUUGUUACUGGUAUCUUGUCUUUUACAGCUCUAGCUCCUUAUUCAGCUGUUAGCGCUAUUCUUCCUUUAAUCGUCGUCAUUGGUGCUACCAUGGUGAAAGAAGGUAUUGAAGAUUGGCAACGACAACAGCAGGACCAUGAGGUGAAUAAUCGAAAGGUGAAAGUUCAUCGUGGUGGUGGAGUUUUCGAAUCUCGAGAAUGGAAAACACUGAGAGUAGGGGAUGUAGUGAAAGUCGAAAAAGACGAAUUCUUUCCUGCUGAUCUUCUGUUAAUUUCAUCGAGUUAUGAAGAUGCUGUUUGUUACGUUGAAACGAUGAACUUAGAUGGAGAAACAAAUUUGAAGCUAAAACAAUCGCUAGACGCAACUUCCAUGAUCAACGACGAUUCAAACAUCAACAGCUUCAAAGCAACAGUCAAAUGCGAAGAUCCAAACGCAAGUCUCUACACUUUCGUUGGAACAAUGGAGUUUCAAGAACAACAGUACGCACUUUCACCACAACAACUUCUUCUACGCGAUUCAAAGCUCAGAAACACAGAUUACAUCUAUGGCGUCGUCAUCUUCACUGGUCACGAUACGAAAGUGAUUCAAAACUCUACAGACCCACCAUCGAAAAGAAGUGGGAUUGAAAAACGAAUGGAUAACAUCAUCUAUUUCUUGUUCUUCAUCUUGUUUCUAAUCGCUUUUCUGGGUUCGAUUUACUUCGGGAUUGUUACAAAGAACGAUUUAGAUGGUGACAGAAUGAAACGAUGGUAUUUGAGACCUGACGCUUCGGAGAUUUUUUUCGACCCGAAACGGGCUCCAGCUGCAGCGAUGUACCAUUUUCUCACAGCUUUAUUGUUAUACACAUAUUUAAUCCCGAUUUCUCUAUACGUUUCAAUAGAAAUCGUGAAAGUUCUACAGACGAUUUUCAUCAACAACGACAUUCAUAUGUACUACGAAGAAGCUGAUAAACCCGCACACGCGCGAACUUCAAAUAUCACCGAAGAACUCGGCCAAAUCGACACGAUUUUAUCAGACAAAACCGGGACUUUAACCUGCAAUUCAAUGGAGUUCAUCAAGUGUUCGAUAGCAGGAACAGCAUACGGACGUGGUGUUACAGAAGUUGAAAGAGCUAUGGCGAAAAAGACAGGAUCGCCAUUGGUUGUUAAUGGAAGAGUUCUUGAUGACGAUAAUGAUGAUGAAGACGAUGAUUCUGGGUUAUCUGUAAAAGGGUAUAAUUUUGAAGAUGAAAGGAUCGUGAAUGGUUAUUGGCUUCUUGAACCACGUUCUGAUGUUAUUCAGAAGUUCUUUAGAUUACUUGCGAUUUGUCAUACAGCGAUUCCUGAUGUUGAUGAAGAAACAGGGAGAGUUACUUAUGAAGCUGAAUCCCCUGAUGAAGCUGCUUUUGUUAUAGCUGCAAGAGAACUUGGGUUUGAAUUUUAUAAAAGGACACAAACAACUGUUUCUUUUAUGGAGUUAGAUCCUAUGUCUAAGAAAAAAGUCGAAAGGACAUAUGAGCUUUUAAAUGUUCUUGAGUUCAACAGUGCAAGAAAAAGAAUGUCUGUUAUUGUUCGUGAUGAAUUCGGGAAGCUUCUUUUACUCUGUAAAGGUGCAGAUAGUGUUAUGUUUGAUAGACUUGCGAAAAACGGGAGACAAUUUGAGGAAAAUACAAAAGAACAUGUGAAUGAGUAUGCAGAUGCAGGAUUAAGAACUUUGAUUCUUGCAUAUCGUGAACUUAAUGAAGAAGAAUAUAAAGACUUUAAUGAAAAAUUUAUAGAAGCUAAAAACUCUGUAAGUGAAGAUCGAGAAGAUUUGAUUGAUGCAACAACCGAAGAAAUUGAAAAAGAUUUGAUUCUUCUUGGUGCUACUGCUGUUGAGGACAAACUCCAAAAAGGGGUGCCGGAAUGCAUUGAUAAACUUGCUCAAGCAGGAAUCAAGAUUUGGGUUCUUACUGGUGACAAAAUGGAAACAGCAAUCAAUAUCGGAUUCGCUUCCGAAAAAGCCGGGGACAAAGACGUAAUUUCAAAGAUCUCAAAAGAAAAUGUGAAGAAGCAGAUAUUAGCAGGAAAAGCUCAACUUUCUUCUUCAUCAUCCGAUCCAUACGCUCUAAUUAUUGAUGGGAAAUCUCUCGCAUACGCGUUACAUGAUGACAUUAAAAACACGUUUUUGGAUCUUGCUGUUGGGUGUGCGUCUGUUAUUUGUUGUAGAUCUUCACCAAAACAGAAAGCUUUGGUUACUAGACUUGUGAAAGAGGGAACUGGAAAGACGACUUUGGCAAUUGGUGAUGGGGCGAAUGAUGUCGGAAUGCUUCAAGAAGCCGACAUCGGAAUCGGAAUCAGUGGUGUCGAGGGAAUGCAGGCGGUUAUAAUUUCUUCAAUGAUAUGCUACUUUUUCUAUAAAAAUAUCGUAUUUGGAACCACGGUGUUCUUAUAUGAAGCUUACGCAUCGUUCUCGGGUCAACCCGCAUAUAACGAUUGGUAUUUGUCUCUUUACAACGUUUUCUUCACAUCACUUCCCGCCAUUGCAUUAGGCGUCUUUGACCAAGACGUAUCCGCAAGAUUUUGCCUAAAGUUCCCGUUGCUAUACCAAGAAGGUGUCCAAAACACGCUCUUUAGAUGGCGUAGAAUAUUCGGGUGGAUGCUUAACGGCUUAGCCAGUGGCAUAAUCGUCUUUUUCCUAUGUACACGCGCGUUAGACCCCGAGUCAUACCGAAAGAACGGGAAGACAGCUGGCAUGGAAGUUGUGGGGGCCACAAUCUACACGUGUGUCGUAUGGGUAGUCAACUGCCAGAUGGCGCUUGCGGUUAGCUACUUCACGUUAAUCCAACAUGUGUUCAUCUGGGGAGGAAUUAUCCUCUGGUAUCUCUUCCUCCUGGCUUACGGUGCGAUGCCGACCACCAUUUCAACAACCGCGUACAAUGUGUUUCUAGAAACACUCGCGCCCGCACCUUCGUAUUGGUUUGUGACUUUUUAUGUGGUGAUUGCCGCCUUGAUUCCUUACUAUUGUUACAAAGCGGUUCAAAUGAGAUUCUUCCCGGCUUACCAUGGAAUGAUCCAAUGGAUAAGAUACGAAGGGCAUACCGAUGAUCCGGAGUAUGUUAACAUGGUCCGCCAGCGGUCGAUCCGGACCACAACGGUUGGGUUCACGGCUCGAUCGAUAGCAAGGGACAAUGAUUUGUAUCAUUUGAAUUUGGAGCGACAAGCGUCCAAAUCAUGAUCUCGCAUAGGUGGCGUUGUGUGGGCCCCGUUUGUUCUGCGAGAUGUAACAGAUUGUUAUACUGUGUUUGACAUGCAUUGGACUGAAUCUGAUGUAAAAGAUGGGACACGGAUCGACCGUAAUGUACAGAAAUUAUUUUGGUAGUAGUGGUUGUCUUUUCGACCAAUUUUUAUUCUUUAAUUGUUGAUGUAUGAUGACGUGAUGAUCGUCUAUCGAUUUCUAAGGUUUUAGAGGAUAAAGUUUUGUUGUAAAUUAGAGCAAUUGUGUAUAGAUCGAAGACAAAAUUAAGGUUUUAUGACCUUGAAGUUUAUGUUUUAUGUA